AGGCAUGGGAAUGAAUCACUAUGCUCCAUGCACACUCAUCCCUUGUAUGUCCCCUCAGCAGUCUCAUGGAGGGGAAGGCUGAAAAGUAGGCCGGAAUGGCUCAACCUCACCCCCUGCUGAGUCCAGCGUCCUGAGUACCAAUAGAAAGUCAUCUCUCUCUACCCAAUAGCAUUGCUUACUAAUGUUAGAAGACUCUCUAUUGGUUUAAAUGUGCCCUGAGUAUCUGUUACUCACAGGCGGAGAAGCAGCUGUCAGCUAGGUGACAGUAAGGAGACAGAGAUUAUACUGAACAGCUGUUGGAUAUAGAUAUAUCUGAUACAGGUAUGUUUGCAGUAUAUUCAGCUUCCAAUCACACUGUAAAGCAGCAGUGAGCAACUAAUUCAACAAAAAAUUAUCUGAGAAAAAUGGCUUUUCGAAGGAAACUGAAGAACUUUGUGAAACAGUAUUCGGAUGUGGAGGUGAAAGUGAGGGAGGCCACAUCGAACGAUCCUUGGGGACCAUCUGGAAGCCUAAUGAUGGAAAUUGCGGGAAUGACGUAUUACGCUGACUCACUGUCAGAGAUUAUGCGAAUUAUAUGGCAUAGGAUGAAUGACAGCGGUAAAAACUGGCGUCAUGUUUACAAAUCUUUAACACUGCUGGAUUACUUAAUUAAGAAUGGAUCAAGACAAGUCAUUGUACACUGUAUUGAAAGAGCUUAUAAUAUUCAGCUGCUGAAAGACUUUAAGCACAUAGACAACGAUGGAAAAGACCAAGGAAUAUAUGUACGGCAAAAGUCUACAAAAAUUAUUGAACUUUUGGUGGAUGCAGAAAAACUGAAAUCAGAACGUGAAAAAGCUUGUAUACUGAAAAAGCAAAUGUUCCUUUCCACUUUACGUACUGUCUACAAGGCCCGACCUACAGCAGUUAAUGCGGUUGUAUCACUUAUAGAGGCAAAACAAGUACCGAAAGUUGAGGUGAAUGCUGCAGCUACUAAAUCCUCUUCACAACAUAUUCCUGUGCAAAUGAAUAUGAAAGAACCUGUACAGGAUUUGUUACUGCUUAAUGAAGAUAAAUCGCAAUUAUUGCAUACAAGCUUCACAUAUCAAGAUCCAGGUGCAGAAAGUAAAUACUUUAUGCCAGAGUAUGAAAUACACAGAGAGAUUAAAAGACCAUCCAAAAAUCACUAUACUUUGCUACCGCCUCCAAAACCAGCACAAGAAAACAUAGUUACUGCAGAUGACAAAAAACUGAGUAGCAACAAGAGCAGUCAGACAAAACUGACCAGUUGGGCUGAAGAACUAAAGAAACUCCCUUACCAAGCCUUGAGUAACUCAGUAUCCGCUGCUUUCAACAGUCCUUGGUCAAUCCCAUUUCAAAGACUGGAAAAUAGUUCUUCUGCACGUAGCCCAUAUACAUAUCAGUCUGGUACACUUUUACCAUCACAGACUAUAGCAACUUCAACAAUGGAUCCUCGGGAAACUGAACAAAUAGAUAUUGCUUCUGUUACUAGUGAAUCAGUGCCAGAGUCACAAAAGUCUCUCAUUUCCCAAAAACCCAUCAGCACAGAUUUUCCAUUUCAGUCCUCUCAAAAAGAUGGCAAGUUACACAGAAAUGAUCCAACUUCUCUGACUCCAGAGCUGUCAACAAUAUUAUCUGAAGAGACUGCACUAACAAGGAGGCAUUCAGAUCCUUUCUCAAGUUUGCAAUACGGACCAUACAGUAGUACCGACCCAUUCUUAAACCCAGUGAUGCCGACAUCAUCCACAUUUGCAGCACCAUUUACAGCCGUUCUGCCUACAGCUUCUCAUCAAGACAAUGUCCAUCUUCCUGAGCCAUCAACUUCCUACUCAGGACUCCGUCCAUCUACCUCUUUCAUUUCCACCCAAGUUACCAAUCCUAGCUCUUUCAUUUCCACUGAAGUUACCAAUCCUAUACAAAGCAGCCUGACCAGAAGAGUUAGUUUCAUGGUCGCUCAAGACCUCAAUGUUCCGAAUCCUCCAGACCCAUUUUUACUCUUUCCACCACAAAGUCAUACUACUAAUCCUUUCUUAUAAAUGGCAGCUCCUCUUCUUAUUAUGGUUUUUAUUGUUAUUUAAACUGGUUUGAAAAAAAAAUUAGUAAAACAUAGGUUUAAUUGUAUUUUAUACUUGUAUUAUAUUUAACCAAAAGAACCCAAUUUAAAUGGGAAACAUCAAAAAGCAUUGUCUGUCCAGAAAAGAAGUAAUUAUUCUACACAGAGAUACUCACUUAUCUGAAUAUUCUUAUACUUAAUAUGGUACAAAAUGCCAUUUUGAAAUAUCUAAAAUUGUGGAGAAGCUGUGAAUGCUGUUUCCAGUAUGUCCAAUACACCGUCUUCAUCACUGACAGUCAGUGUGGUGGUGGUCUGUCUCAGUGUUAAUGUGGUUGUGGCAGACCAAACAAGGGCUGGACAUGGGUAGCCAGAUUUUGCUUGAUUGAUAGUUUUUUUCUCUUCUGUUCCUGAAGUGCCUCUUUUAUGAAAUAGGAAAUCUAUUUAUUUUUGUCUUUUUUUUUUUCAAACUGUUAAAAUAUCUCUUUACAAACAAAGACACAAUACUACUGUCUGUAUUUAACCUAAUAUGUUUUUGGAUUUUCAUCCAUUUCAUGCACAAGCAGGUGCAUGUACUAUAUGUUGUGUUCUAGCUGAUGGUGUUGAUUUCUUGCUCACAAUGUAAAAAAAUAAAUUAAAAAAAUUAUCCUGAUUCCCCAAA